GUCAGCCCCCGGGCGGUCCAGGUUAUUGGCCCAGUCAGGAGCUCACACUCGGCUGGCAGGCCAUGGGGCAACGCGCCCCAGCGCUGAGACUGCUGCAGGCACUGGCGAUUCUGAUGCUAAAGCCAUCACCGCUGCAGCCCUGGCAGCUGCCAGGGUCGCGCUGCCCGGAGCCCUGCGACUGCGCCCCUGACGGUGCCCUGCGCUGCCCUGGCCCUCGCGACGGCCUCACCAGACUAUCACUCACCUAUCUCCCUGUCAAAGUGAUCCCAUCUGAGGCUUUCAAGGGACUUAAUGAGGUUGUACAAAUUGAAAUCUCUCAGAGUGAUUCCCUGGAAAGGAUAGAAGCUAAUGCCUUUGAAAACCUCCCCAAUUUGUCUGAAAUACUGAUCCAGAACACCAAAAACCUCGUAGACAUUGAACCCGGUGCUUUUACAAAUCUCCCUCGGUUAAAAUACCUGAGCAUCUGUAACACGGGCAUCCGAACCCUCCCGGAUUUUACAAAGAUCUCCUCCUCCGAAUUUAAUUUCAUUCUGGAGAUCUGCGAUAACUUACACAUAACCACCAUACCGGGAAACGCUUUCCAAGGGAUGAGUAAUGAGUCCAUCACACUCAAACUGUAUGGAAAUGGAUUUGAAGAAGUACAAAGCCACGCAUUCAAUGGGACGACGCUAAUCUCGCUGGAACUGAAAGAAAACAUACAUCUGGAGAAGAUGCACAGCGGAGCCUUCCAGGGAGCCACAGGGCCCAGCAUCCUGGAUAUUUCUUCCACCAAAUUACAGGCCCUGCCAAGCGACGGGCUGGAAUCCAUUCAGACCCUCAUCGCCAUGUCCUCCUACUCCCUGAGAACUCUGCCCCCCAGAGAGAAGUUUACCAGCCUGCUGGUGGCCACUCUGACUUACCCCAGCCACUGCUGCGCUUUCAGGAAUUGGCCAAAGAAAGAACAGAAUUUUUCAUUUUCCAUUUUUGAAAACUUUUCCAAACAAUGUGAAAGCGCAGCGAGGAAACCAAAUAAUGAAACGCUCUAUUACGCGAUUUUUGAGGAGAGUGAAUUGAGUGGCUGGGAUUACGAUUAUGGCUUCUGCUCACCCAAGACGCUCCAGUGUGCUCCAGAACCAGAUGCUUUUAAUCCCUGUGAAGAUAUUAUGGGCUACGCCUUCCUUCGGGUCCUGAUUUGGCUGAUUAAUAUCCUAGCCAUCGUUGGCAACUUGACAGUCCUCUUUGUUCUCCUGACCAGCCGCUACAAACUGACGGUGCCCCGUUUUCUCAUGUGUAAUCUCUCCUUUGCAGACUUCUGCAUGGGGCUCUAUCUGCUGCUCAUUGCUUCAGUGGACUCCCAGACCAAAGGCCAGUACUAUAACCAUGCCAUAGACUGGCAGACCGGCAGCGGCUGCAGUGCAGCUGGCUUCUUCACUGUGUUUGCCAGCGAGCUCUCGGUCUACACACUCACAGUCAUCACUCUAGAGCGGUGGCACACCAUCACCUACGCUGUGCAGCUGGACCAAAAGCUGCGGCUGAGACAUGCCAUCCCAAUCAUGCUGGGAGGCUGGCUCUUUUCUAGUCUGAUUGCCAUAUUGCCCCUGGUGGGUGUGAGCAAUUACAUGAAGGUCAGCAUCUGCCUCCCCAUGGAUGUGGAAUCCACUGUCUCCCAAAUCUACAUAUUAUCCAUCUUGAUCCUCAAUGUGGUGGCCUUCCUCAUUAUCUGUGCUUGCUACAUUCGCAUUUACUUUGCAGUUCAAAAUCCAGAGCUGGUGGCUACUAACAAGGAUACUAAGAUUGCUAAGAAGAUGGCCAUUCUCAUCUUCACAGACUUCACGUGUGUGGCACCAAUCUCUUUCUUUGCCAUCUCAGCGGCCUUCAAAGUGCCUCUUAUCACUGUCACCAACUCGAAAGUUCUACUGGUCCUUUUUUAUCCUGUCAAUUCUUGCGCCAAUCCAUUUCUGUAUGCAAUUUUCACAAAGGCAUUUCAAAGAGAUUUCUUUCUGCUGCUGAGCAAAUUUGGCUGCUGUAGACACCGGGCUGAACUUUACAGAAGGAAGGAAUUCUCUGCCUAUACCUCCAACUGCAAAAACGGCUUCCCAGGAUCAAGUAAGCCUUUCGAGGCUGCUCUGAAGUUGUCCAGAGUGCACUGUCAACAUCCUGCUGUCCUAGACAAGACUUGCCACCAAGAAUGCUAAUGUGGUAACUUUAUUACUGAAUUGUACUUAGAUAUGGGGAAGAGAAAAGUCUACCUGAGCUAGUCACUUUCAUAUAAUGCGUUUUAGAAAAAAUAUUUAUUCUUAAGCACUUUAGGAGAAUUGUACUUGGUUCAGAAGGUGGCCCGUGACGGGUGGUUAAUGGAACUGGGCAGUCAGAACUGCCCUCUGGAACUUGAUGACAUAAAUUUCAGGAGUGUUUAGGAACUUUUGUAACAAUUUAGAGAAGAGUAAUUUUGUUUGUUGAAUCUAAUAUUAAGAAAAACUAAGGUGUCGUUUUUGCAUGUCUCUGAUCUUUUUCAAUUCAGUCUUGUUAUUUUUGCUGUAGUCUCUAAAAGUAUUAGUUCAUAACAGAUUGAAAAUUUUAAGUGGUCUUUGUCAUAAAACAGUUUGAUAAAUGUAUUCAAGAAACGCACUGUGCAGUGUGGUAGCCAUUAGCCUUACAUGGCAGUAGAAGUUCCUUAGCUGUAUUCCAAGUGCUUCCCAUAUCUGACUAGUAAUGGGCGGUACAGAUGCCAACCAUUUUGUCUGUAGUGUGGGAAGUUCUGUUAGGCAGCUCUGUUCUAGAGACUUCUGUCUCCUGUCUACUUUCCACUUUCCAUCUGAAGGCAUGUUUCUGCAUACUUGUCUAGCUUGCAGAUCAUGGAAACCUAGUAGGCAGAAGCGCACCUCAGCCCAUUUUGCUUCCUCAUCUCCUACCUCGGGAUCUUGGAAAUGAUACACAAUAAACAUGCCCAGCUGACUUGAUUAAAUCGACAAGGAAAAGUUUUUAUUUCUAGAACUUUGCAAUUUUAAGCAAAACAAACUACUUAAAUAUUGAAAAUGAUUAACUUACAUUAUUUCCAUCCCUUGCAGUUUAUUGAAAAAUAUAUCUAAUAUUUAUUAGAAGCAUUUUUACUUCUAUAGUUGAGUUUUAAAGAACAACCAAACUAUGUGUCUAAUUGUAGCACUUCCGUUUGCUGCUUUGACUUUUUUUCAAAAGUUCCUUAUAUACCCAACAUCUUGGUUUUUAUUUUUUUUUCUAUUUUUUAUUAUGUAAUUUCACCAACUGAAUCUUUAUAAAACCCUAUGGAGCAGAUGCCAUUAAUCUUUUAUGAGAGAAAAACUGAUUAUCAUUUUUGAAAGUGCUGAAAACUAGUAAAAGAUUCAUAAAAUGAUUCAAUCUCAAAACUCUCCCAAAUCCUAGUCUCUUAAUGAUUGGUAAUCAAUCAUUAAAUAUUAUCCAUAUUGGUAAUCAUGGUUUUCCAAGAGUUACUUUGCUUGAAAUAUACCAAAAAAUAAGAUACAUUCAUGGAUAGACAAAUAAAAAUUGGAUAGAUAGGUUGUGUUACCUAUGAGUUUAUACACAUUCAAAGUUCUUUAAAUUUUUACCACUAUUAUAGUAUGAACAUUUUCUUUUUUUAUUUAUUUAUUAAAGAUUUCUGUCUCCUCCCUGCCAGCGCCUCCCAUUUCCCUCACCCUCCCCCAUCAAGUCCCCCUCCCUCAUCAGCCCGAAGAGCAAUGAGGAUUCGUGAUCCUAGAGAAACUAAAUAGGAAGGUGGACCCAAUGAACAUUUUCAAAUGUAUGGAAAUGUUAAAGGAGGUAUGUAGUGAACACCCAUAUGUCACCACCAUUUAGAGUCAACACUAUUUACUCUAAUGACUUUCAUACAUUACUAUGCAAUUACCUGUUAUGUAACUGUACAUUGGUGUGUCUUCUAUUUUGAUAUUUUAAAGUAAUUUGCAGGCAUCAGCCUUACACAAAAGGAUAUAUCAUACAAUCCCAUGCAUAUGAACUUUAGCGCUCUUAUACACCAAAGUGUAAUUUCAUGUUUAUUUACUUCUCAGGUAUAGUUUAUGUGCAGAGAAAUGGACAUACCUUAAGUGUGCCACUUGAGUUUUGGGAAUUUCAUGCACCUGUGUAACUCAAGCUUCUAUCAAUAUUCAGUACACUGUUACCAUUAGAGGGUUGCUCAGCCCUGUCACAGAGGUGCUGAUCGCCAGAUCAAACAAUAACGGAUUAGUAUUUCCUGUCCUAUAUGGCAUAUAAUUGUAGGUAUGUAACACAUACACUUUGUCACAACACCUCUGGGACAGUAUAAUAGUUUUACUAUUUAUCCAUUUAAUUGCUUGAAUACGCUCAUUCAUUUCCAUUGCUGGCUAAUAUUCUACCAUAGCAAUCUUAAACAUCGCUUCUCCUGCUGGUGGAUAUCUUAGCUAUUGUCAGUUUUCAACUCCCUGUGAGCAUUUAUUAAAUACAUGUCUAGCCACAACUAGAUCCCACACAUUCAGUUUGCCCUCAGUUCUUAAGUCAUUACGGUAAAUGAUUCAGAGAAGAUUGUAAGCUUUUUAAAAAAUAUAUUCUGUAUUUUUUACACAUAUGACUUUUCUGGUCCAUGACAAAUGACUUGGUUCAGAUGGAACUCUCCUGAUCAUUCUGGAGCCUGUCUCAACAGUACAACAGAAUACAAACUCAUCAUGCUACUGUGUAACUACUUGAUGUUCUUCCUGAUUUGUAAAUCCCAUGAACAAAACAACUUAGUAAGAAAAAAAAACAGUAAAACAAGAAGAUUCAAACUUAUCCUUGUAAAUAAGCUUUUAAGCCAGCACACACUCAAAUAGUUUGAGCUUAAAGAACUCAUAGUAUGUCUGAAAGCAAUUCAUGACCUCUUACACAGAUAAUGGUCUUUAUUUUCCACACUGUAAUUUUAGGUUUAAUAAAUGAAGUCACAGUUUGCUGUCUUCCUCCUUCUCAUAUCCUCCCACCCAUAAGACCUAUGUUUGAAUUAUCCUCCAACCUGCUCUUUAAUUUCUAUCCCCAGUGCCUUGCAUACAUCUCAGGACCUUCCCCCUCUUCCUCCUGGACUAUGCCACAGUUACCCAUUUGUACUCAUACCCAGUCUCUCCCAAGUCUUCACGUCAUACAUACCAGCGAUGAGCCUUACCAAAAUCCUAUUUCAUCUCAUCACAUACCUGCACAGAAUUCCCAAGCAACUCAUCAACACCUAGAAAAUGGAAGCACGCAUUCCUAGGCCAACACUCGGAGAAUAUAAACCAUGUCCUCAGACCUGUUCAUCCUUUAUUCUGCUAUUUUCUUCAUAAAAUGACCUGAACCAGUUACUCUUCCCUAAGCCUUACCCUUCCAUCUUCAUGUUAGAGCCUAUGUCAUUCUUACAUUAGAGUAAUAAAUCCCUUGUCCUUGUUUCUACUUCCUUUGGAGUCCAAACUGCAGGGUUUUGCUCUUUGAUCUGUUCCUUCCCUAGUGCAUUAUAGUUAAGACACUGCCUCUGUGUAAAAUAAAGGACAUACUAAGUAUGUAACGCACCGUAGUCUCUUUCUACAGACUUCUUUGGCCUGCAUGUGUGUCUGCAUGCCACAUGUGCACUACAUGCAUGUCUGGAUCCGCUGGAACUGCACCAUGUAGGUGCUGGGAAUCAAACCUAAUCCUCUGGGAGAGCAGCCAGCCCUGUCAACCACUGAGUCAUUGCUCCAUCGCCUAUAGACAUCUUGAGCACUCUUCUAUAUCACUUUUUUUCUUUCCCCACACUGGAGUGUUAAUCCCCUACACAAGUCCAUCUUUAUUUCACCUGGGCUAGAAAGACAAACUACUUUCUCUUAACAUGCCCAGUUUUCAAACUGGUUCAUUUUCAUAACUAAAAUAUAAAACUGCCUUUGUUAAUUAUUUCAUGUAUGACAUGUAUAAAAUGUGUGAUACAAUCUGUAUAAUCUCUCAUGGGAAAUCAUAAACAGUUAUUCACUAUGAUUUUAUAUCUCUCAUACUUUUUUACUGUUAGAUAUUAUUAUAAGUGGGCUGCAAAAUGACUUAAAAGAAUUAAUCAAUCUGGAAUAAAUCAUCUAAACUUAUAAAAAUAACUUUAGAAGACAUUGGUAUUUUGUUCUCAACUUAUUACACUUGUUAUAAAGGACAUGACUGAAUUUUUCUUAACAUAUUAAUUCUAAAUAUAAAUUCAGAACCUCCCUCACAAAGUAUUUCAAUAAAUAGGUUCAUAUAGAAAAUAAUAAUUUCUGGGCUAAGCAGACAGCUCUGUUAAUAAAAUACUUGCUGCAGAAUGCAUCAAAUGUGGAGAACACGAGUCAAAUAAUCCCAAGAUAACUUUGAAUAGAGUACACUAAGAUUUUUCUUUAUUAAAAAAGGAAACUCACAGAAUGGGAAUGGGGGUCCAUCUUCUGUGUGGAGUGCAGCAAAUGGGUAGGACCACAGCUUUUUGGUACCCAAAAGACAUGCCUCAACUUGGUCCAACCUCUCAAAGGCCAUUGGCUGAAGGAGGUUUAUCAUCACCUCCCCCUUUUGUUUAGAGAGUUCCAAAUCAAAUACAAAACUAUAUACAACAAGAACAGAUAUCAAGUAUGAAAAUUAGAAUUAGAACCAGUAUAAAUGAUAUUAAGUAAGGAACAUAUGCUAAAUGUUUCAAUAAUCAUUCUAUCCUAAGGAGUCUAAGCCUUGUAUUAGAAAGGGCUUGGUUAAAGCAUAAGAGGAAAGUACCUGCAUCCAUCUAAUCUUCAAUCCAAUUGAAAGCCUGAGAAGGGAGAUAAUAUUACUUGAGUAGGCAGAAAGUACAAUCUAACAGCUUCCAAAAUGUGCAGAAGAUGACAGAGAAAACUGGCUACUUGGGCAAUCUCCCAAAGUCUCUUUUGUAAUGUUGAAGCAACCAACUUUGGCUAAGGCCUAGAGUAGCUUACAGACCAUUUUCAGUGGCAGGAAAUUUUUUCAAAACUGUUUUACCCUGUCUUUGCAAGGUUUGGUAGUCUUUUUUCUUGUAUCCUUCUUGUCCAGUCUUGACGCCAUGCAUUUUAUCAGUGGUGGAGGCAUGGGCAGUUCCUUGCCCAAAGUUCAGUUUUGCCAAGAAGAAAACAAGCUCCAAGCAGAGUGUCUUCAGUGCUCAAUAUUCUCUCGGGAAUAGAUUGGUGCUGCCAGGAGCAAUCAUGUCUCAUGUCAACAGAACCCUAACUUAUUUAAAUGCCAUUUUUUUUCUUUUUCUUUUUUUUAUUUAUUUAUUUACUUAUUAAAGAUUUCUGCCUCCUCCCCGCCACCGCCUCCCAUUUCCUUCCCCGUCCCCCAGUCAAAUCCCCCUCCCUCGUCAGCCCGAAGAGCAAUCAGGGUUCCCUACCCUGUGGGAAGUCCAAGGACCACCCACCUCCAUCCAGGUCUAGUAAGGUGAGCAUCCAAACUGCCUAGGCUUCCACAAAGCCAGUACGUGCGGUAGGAUCAAAAACCCAUUGCCAUUGAUCUUGAGUUCUCAGUAGUCCUCAUUGACCACUAUGUUCAGCGAGUCUGCUUUUAUCCCAUGCUUUUUCAGACCCAGGCCUCGCCAUAAAUAAGGGAAAUUGAGCCUAUAAAUGCCAUGUUUUACAGUUCCACUGGUAUCUCCUAGUAGGCUGAGAGUUAUUAUAAGUAGACACUAUGAAGGCAAAUUUUUUUCGCUCUUUUCUUGUAAAUGUAUAGUAAAGAAACAAACUUUUAAAUCAAUAACUGUAAGAGGCCAUCCUUUUGUUAAUAGAGAAGGCAGAGGAAUUCCAGAUUGUAGAGGGACCAUGGGUUGAAAAACCUUGAUGACAGCUCUUAGACCUGUCACUAGUCUCAUUUUCCAGAUUUCUUCUUAACAACAAAUACAGGAGGAUUUCAAGGUCUGGUUGAUUCUUCAAUAUGGUGAGCAUCUAGUUGCUCCGGUAUCAGCUGUUCUAAAGCCUGUAGUUUGUCUUCUGUUAAUGGUCAUUGUUUAACCCAUAUUAGUUUCUCAGUUAACCAUUUAAAAGGCAGGAAUAUUAGUACCUCUGAAGGUUUUCCAUUUGCUUUGUGUUCUUGUACGGCCUGAAUGGCUGAUGACCUUUGUGUAUAAUACCUUAUAAUGUCCUUUCCAGAAACCUGAGUUUUGGGGACUAUAGGAAUGUUAACCUGGGUAUUUCAUUGCUUCAACAGGCUACCACCCAUAAACUCACUGCAAUAUUAACUACAUAUGGCCUCAGCCUUCCUCUCUUCUUCUGGCCCUAUGCAUUCAACCCAUCUUGUGCUUUGUUUCACUUGAGAUAGGGCUCCAAUUCCUAGGAAUUUAACAUCUGCCUUGUGAAGAGGCCAAUUUUGAUGCCAAGAUUCUGGAGUAACAAUACUCAUGUCUGCAUCUGUGUCUAGUAAUCCCUCAGUUACAAUGUUAUUUAUACACACUCUUAGCUUUGGUCAACUUUGGUCUUUGAUAAUUUAUAAAAGUCUUCCAAGAUAUACAUUUCCUAUUGGAGUUAUUUAUUCACCCUCCAUGUCUAUUCCAUCAUCCAGAAUAGUAUGGUCUUUUACAGUAGGCUCCAGAUUUUUUAAUUUUCCUGGUAAGACAUGUCCUCCAUAGUGACUGGGAAUAACAAGACCAUGUUUGACAUGGGGCCUGCAAAAGGUUCCCCAAGGAGUUUCCCGAUGGUAUUGGGUGGCCUUGUCUGCCCUUUUUCAAUCUACAUUCAUUGGCACAAUGCUGACCUUUGCCACAUCUCGUACAUAUUCCAGAAGGCUGAGACCACCCAUUUUUGCCAUUCCCAGAGGAGACAUUAUUCAUAGGAAUUCUUUGUCUACAAUCUCUUUUCAGAUGUCUUAUUCUACUGCAAUUAAAACAUUUGGCAUUUUGGUUUCUCCUCAUACCAUUGGAAAUCGCUUCUCCUACCCAAGUCUCAGUGCUAUAGUCAAGUGUCUCAACAUUCAUUUUAUGCAAGAUUCAUUCAUCUAUUGGUGUUGAUCUGACCUUUAAUGGCCCAAGGAUGUUUUUGCAUUCUAAGUUGGCAAUUUCAAAAUCGAGAGAUUCAAUAAAUUUACAUCUAGGUCCAGGUCUGUAACUACUACUUGUACAGCCUUAGUCAAUCUUUGUAAAAAAAAAAAAAAAGUGACUAAAGGAUUCUUUCUGGCCCUUUUUAAUCAUAAUAUAUUAUUAAAUUCUCUUUCCCAGUUCCUGAAUCCUGACCCAAGUAUUUAAAACUGAUGUGCUAUAUAGAACAAGGUGUGUUCAUCAUAGAGAGCCUGAUCCUGGGGAUCAGAGUAAUGACACUCACCAAGAAUUUGAUCUUGGGGUGACUCAAAUCCUUUUGCUUUCCCCUGUUGUUCUAAAAUUUUUGCCUCUUCUUGCCAAUAGCAUUUCCAUAGCAGUUGGGGUCCAUUUUCUAGGACUGCUGAGAUUAAUGGAAGACAAUUGUGUGGGGUAGCCUUAUUGCUGGAAGCCCACGUUUUCACCAUUUCCCUAACAAAUGGUGAAUGCAGACCAUAAGAUACUAUUGCUUGCUUAAUUUCCUUUAGAUUGCUCAUACCUAUAGGUUGCCAUAUAUAUUCUUUGACUACUUUAGAGUAUUUUGUGCCAGAUGACUUCUCAGAGGAUAUUACCAGAUAGGCAGCUAAAAAUCUGGGUAUGUCAUCCCAGACUCUGGCAUGUACUGGACAAGCGAAAUCCUGUCUUUGUCCCUUAUCUCUCUGAUCAUCAAUUUUGAUAAUUUCCUCAAUCUUUUCAAAUAUUUUUACCACUGACUUUUGUAAAGUCCAAAUCUCCUUUCCAGUGUUGCAUUUUAAUACCCUCAUUGAUGAUUCCAAGGUUUGUCCAGAAAAGAUAACGUCUUAUCCUGGGACAUAAUUUUGAUGGUGUGCAUAGUGCCUUCAUGGAGAGAUACCUUAUCCAUUAACCUAUCAUAACUUUUCAACAGAUUCUGAUUGUUAAAUUCAACAGCAUGAAUUCUUUCAGAUAAUGUCUCAGCCCCUUUGACAUUGAUUGGAUUUUGUCAGUCAAAUUAAUCUUUUCAACUAGCUGUUCAUUAUUAGCCUAUAAAUACUGUAUCAUUUCGAAAAGUGCCUCAUUCUUUGAUCUGUUAUCAAACCAUUUUCUUAAUGAUAUAAUAUGGAAAUAAACUAACUCCCAAAAUCAAAUAAAUGGAUGUAUAUGGAAAAUCACAUAAGCCUUGCAGGAUACCAUCCAUAGCAUAAGAAAUUAAUUCCUGAAUGGUAAUAUUUUCAGUAAUCAUGUAAUUUUUAAAUCUUACCUGUCAUAGGCAAUUACAGUGAAUUGGAGUAGGUGUAAUAACCUUUAUUGGCCAGCAGGUGUUGUGGUUGCAGCCUUGUAGCAGAGGGACUUGGAGGAGAAGCUCCCCCUGGCUUUUCUGGGAUCAUUCACUUUGGUUCCACAUGAGUCAUCAACUUAGAUGUUGAUAAAUACGCUUUGUUUAACAAAUUAAGAGCAGUCAUUAAGGGCAAUCAAAGCAAUUCCUAGAGUUUGUGGUCAGAAUAAGAAGGAAGCUUUCCUUCAGUCAUGAGCCACAAACUGUGCAUGGUGUGAAAGAAACACGGCAGGGAUCACCAGUGGAGAGGCAGCUGGCAGGGAGUGUCAGGUUCCUAAGCAGUGUCAGAUGGGCCACAAGCAGGAGAGAAAAUUGCCCACGCUGGUGAACCAGGAGGUUCA